UUCGGGAGUCACAGGCCGCGGCCGCCGGGUGCGCACCUGCCCCGCCUCCGCCAGGCGGGCCGCGGGGCAUGCAGCCCGCCGGGGGCGGGGCUCUGAGGUCGGGGAGCGGUGACCCGCUCCCCAGAAGCCUCUGCCAGCUGGAUCCCGCCGCGCUCCUGAUGCUGCUUGUGGACGCCGACCAGCCGGAGCCCGUGCGCAGCGGAGCGCGCGAGCUCGCGCUCUUCCUGACUCCUGAGCCCCGGGCUGAGGCGAAGGAGGUGGAAGAGACCAUCGAGGGGAUGCUCCUCAGACUGGAAGAGUUUUGCAGCCUGACUGACAUGAUCAGGAGUGACACUUCACAGAUCUUGGAGGAAAACAUCCCACUCCUUAAGGCCAAGGUGACAGAAAUGCGUGGCGUCUACACCAAAGUGGACCAGCUGGAGGCCUUCGUCAAGAUGGUGGGGCACCAUGUCUCCUUCCUGGAAGACCAUGUGCUUCAGGCUGAGAGGGACCACGGGCCUUUCUCACAGGCCCUGCGGAGGUGGCUGGGAUCCGCUGGGCUCCCCUCCUUCAGGAAUAAACUGUCUACGCCGACGCCCCUGACGUAUAAGCUGCCCACGUUGUACAGGACUGAGGACUAUUUUCCUGUGGACGCCGGGAAGGCAGCCCCCCAGACCCCCAAAUGCCAUCAGCGCCUGUGAGCGUUGCGGUCCUGCCAUCACAGAUGUCGGGUUUUGUUUUUCAUAUAUUAUUUAUUGUUGUCAAUUUGUUUGCUGAAUUUCCUCCCUCAUGUGAGGCCACGGGGCUUGGAGAAGCAGUUGGAACCCACGUGUGGCAGUGCCUCAGGGAGGAGCUGGAGAAGGCAUUUCCCACCGACGUUUGGCCUGCCUAGUGUUUUAGGAUGAGGUGGUCAGGUCUGACGAGUCACUAUACCUGAGGGACAGGGGGGACUUUCUCUCUGAAGGGCUUUGCAUGGGAAUCAUGGGGGACUCACCUGGUGCCACCCGGCUGUGUGGCUCCAGGUGCAUCCAUCCAUGUUGGAUGGUUUGUCUGCAAACCGCGGUGCCCUCUGGCCUGUGAAUUGUGUCAAUAAAGAUGUCAA